AUGUCGGGCCGCCGAUCUCGCUCUCGCCAUGCCCUCAGCACCGCCGCCAAUAGCGGCAGCAGAUCCGUCCCUCCCUAUUCCCGCAGCGCUGCCGCCGAGGGCCGCCGCAGAUCCGUCGAUCGCUCGGCUGCGCUCAGAUCUCUCGCGGCUACCCUGCCGCCUGGGUACGACCCGUCGCUGCUUCCUAUGUGCUCGUGGCCGCCGUCGCAGGAAUCGCGCGAGUCCACGGUGCGCAUACUCCUGCAGAAGCUGGUAGGGCCCAGCCUCUACUGCGUCCACUACGGCGCCGUCCCGGAGCCCGAGGCCAGGCGCACCGCCGCGGCCAUCGAGGCCGAGUCCUUCGCCGCCGUCUCCGAGUACGCCUCCGGCGCGACCCUGGCCACCCGCAAGGAGCGUUUCGCCGUCUACAAGAUGUACUUGAAGGAGGCUUGCGACCGGCUCCUCGCGUUCUUCAAAUCCCGAGCCGCCGCAAUGGGGGGCAUGCUGGAACCGGGGGAUUCGUCGGCGCCUACUUUGGCUGUUCCCGCUCCCGCUCCGGCUUCCGCUCCCAAGGAGUAG